AUGGCGUCGAAGCUGCUGACGCCAGCAGAUCGCAUACGCGAGCUCAACGAGAUCAGUGGCGGCAUAGCAGAAAUGUUGAAUCACAUGGGUCAAGCUAUCAACGCACUCGCGCCGAGCCCACAGAGCGACAACGAGAACAUCGAAACGCGUAAGGAGACCUUUGAGCAGGAGUCACGUGCAGCAUAUGUCGCGAUCCAGGCCUUCAAUGCUCGCAUGAAGCGACAGGCUUAUGCGUUGGAGGAGGCCGGCAUCAUCCUCGCCAAAGCGCCAGUCUUGUCUGCUACCAGCACGCGGGAACAGGAGCAGAGCAGGCCCAACGGUCCACCUGGGAGAUCUGGGCAGAGCGGCGUGCCUCCCGCUCCACCUGCAAAAGAAGUCGACAGGAUCACUAAUGGUGGACUGGGUAAUUUAGAUGUGGGAUGGUUGAACAGUAGAGGUAACAAGGUGGGUGUGGAGAAUGAGGCAGAGCUGCUGCAGGAGGCGAAAGCGCUGUUAGAACAAGAACUGGAGAGGAGAAGUGCGACGAUGGAGACUGGUUGA